AUGAAGAAAAUGCUCCUAGUCGUUCUCCUCUUUCUUUUUGCCAUUUCAAAAGCUGAAUGGAAUAACUGUAAGUUUUCAAAGAAGUUCACAAAAACACUAAAAACUCAGGGAACUGGGGCAACCAACCACCACCAGCUCCUAAUAACAAUGUGGCAAUCGGGUACCCAACUGCGUAUGGUCUUUAUGCUGGACGAGGAUGGGGGAAUCACAAUUAUGGUGGGGGCGGAGGAGGUCCGGUAAGUCUCUUUUUCGGGUUGCAACUCUAGAAUCCAUUUUCAGCCAAAUGCCGGAUCCGGAUUCGGAAGUCCGCUACGAUGUUUGAAUGGAGGUGCUCACAUCGGACAGUGCAGGCUGGAUAAGGACUCAAUUUGCAUUGCUCUGGGAGGAACUUGCACUCACGGCGCCUGCUGUACAACUCCAUUUGUCAGUAUUAUGGGAUCCACUACGACCGAGUCUCCAGAUGUGAUCGAUGGAGAGACUACCAAACGGAAAGGCAAGAGCAAGGUGAAAUUUGUGACGACUACCACUACUGUCGAGCCGAAGACAACAUCAACGGAAGAAGAAGAAGACUCGGUAGGCACAUAAAAUUGAGAAACACAGAAAAAAGAUUGAUUCCAGAUGAAUUCAAGGGAGUUGGAAGAGUGGAAUAAAUUGAUCGAACGAGCCAAAACUACAACCACAGUCGAUACAAUUUCUGUUGAAUUGGUUACUGUAACUCCAUACGUAGAAGAAAGUGCGGACAGGGUCAGCGAAUUUUGUAAAAUUCAUUAUCUUUACCUUCGAAAGUUUCAGAAGUGCUCUUCGGGUCUUCGCUCCGUGGGCCCUUGCUCUGAAGACGCUGACUGUCCAACGCUUCAUCAGUGCGAGGGAGAACAGUGCUGCUAUCUAAUGCUCUAA